AAGUAAUUUAUCUACAUGCUUUUCUUUCUGUGUUGUAGGGAGAACACAAGCCAAGAAGACAAUAUUUGGAAAGGCAUCCUUUCAGUUAUUUUCUUCUUUCUGAUCAUCAGUGUCUUAGCUUUCCCUAAUGGUCCCUUUACAAGACCACACCCCGCAAUAUGGAGGAUGGUGUUUGGCCUCAGCGUCCUCUAUUUCCUGUUUUUGGUAUUUUUGCUCUUCCUGAGCCACGAUCAGGUUAAAGCUGUCAUGUAUUGGCUGGACCCAAAUCUUCGCUAUGCGACAAGGGAUUCCGACAUCAUGGAAUAUGCCGUGAAUUGCCACGUAAUCACCUGGGAACGGAUACUUAGUCAUUUUGACAUAUUUGCUUUCGGUCAUUUCUGGGGCUGGGCCAUGAAGGCUUUGCUAAUCCGCAGCUAUGGCCUGUGCUGGACAAUUAGUAUCACUUGGGAGCUGACUGAGCUGUUUUUUAUGCAUCUUCUUCCUAACUUUGCUGAGUGCUGGUGGGACCAGGUCAUUCUGGACAUCCUUCUGUGCAACGGAGGUGGCAUCCUCCUCGGCAUGGUGGUCUGUCGCUUCCUGGAGAUGAGGAGUUACCACUGGGCAAGCUUCAAAGACAUUCACACAACUACAGGAAAAAUCAAGAGAGCAGUGCUGCAGUUCACUCCAGCAAGCUGGAUAUAUGUGCGAUGGUUUGACCCUAAAUCUUCUUUUCAGAGAGUGGCUGGGGUAUAUCUCUUUAUGAUCAUUUGGCAGCUGACUGAACUGAAUACUUUCUUCUUAAAGCACAUCUUUGUAUUCCAAGCAAGUCACGCGCUAAGCUGGUGCAGGAUACUCUUCAUUGGCAUCAUUACUGCACCUACUGUCAGGCAGUACUACGCUUAUCUUACAGACCCACAGUGCAAAAGAGUUGGCACCCAAUGCUGGGUGUUUGGUGCCAUUGCAUUUCUUGAAGCAAUAGUAUGUAUAAAGUUUGGUCAGGACCUUUUCUCCAAAACUCAUCUGCUGUAUGUGGUAUUUUGGCUUCUCUGUGUGGCAAUUACGACGUUCCUUUGCCUGUAUGGAAUGGUGUGGUAUGCAGAUCACUGUGGACAAAGACAGAAGACUUAUUCAGAGGGUGAUGAUGGCACAUAUAACACAGACAUUCCCUGGCAGCAAGUAGAAAAAGUUGCAGAAGUGCCCCAGAAACACAGCGAGGGAUCCACAUACUCCAGAAGAAAGAACCGCAGAGGAAAAGUAACAAAUGGUCUUAGUAAAAAAUAAGUGUUACAAUGACAGUAAGCCUUAGUACAGAUCUGGGGGCUGAUCCUGGUUCUGAAAAUGAAUAUAUUUUGUGGUGCAGCCAGACCAAGAAAGUGGAGAAAGCACUAGGAUGGAAACCAAUCGUUGGCAAGAUGACACUUAAUCGAGUCCUCUGUGUUACAGAUUUGAGACUUGAUAUUUCCCAUAUCAUUAUCCUUUCUUGCCAUUGUGACAUUGGUGCCUAUUGGAACUUCAGCUCUCCUGUUAUGGGCACCAAGGAUGUCCCACAGCAGCCAACCAACUGUACCACCCAACCACGAGGGUAAUUGCUGCCUGUGGCCUACAGACUUUUACUUUGUCAUAUGCUGCUUGACUUCAACAACGCUUCUCUCUUGCCUCCUGCUUAUACUGAUUAUUGCAAACGCUUCCACUCCUCAAGGUUGUGUUAUUAUUAUGUGUUGUGUGGUAUUAGAGAUUUUCCAUUUGUUCUCACCUGUUCUUAUGUGUGUGCGUGCUGGGUUCAUUAACUUGAAGAUGCUACCAAUUGUGUUAAGCUUCUAAUCAUUUUUAUUGUAUGUGUAUAAUUAUAUUAUGUGUAUAAUGUGAAAGGCACAAUCACCUUUUUGGUCCUCCAGCACGGUUUAGAUGAUGGAACCCACCUUGACCAGGGUUGUUCGACUUCUAGAGGGGGUGCUGGUUGUGCACACAUAGUCUGUUUGGCUUGUUUAGUAACAGUUUAGAGGGUGCUGACCUGACAAAUGCAGAAAGCCAUAACAAACUCGUAAUCUGCAAUCCUCUCUAAUAGAAAAUACAUUUUAUGAUAUACUGAUA